ACCCGCGCCGCCGGACAAGAUCUAAUAUGGUGGCCCUGUGAAUGCAUGGUACACGUUGCGAGGUCUCUUCUGUCCGACUUGCGGCUAUUUAUUUCCUUUAAAAUUGAGUAUCUCUCUCUUUUCGUCUCGCGAAUCUUCGUAUAACUUCGACAGCAUCACGAUGGCGGACUCAAGUUUAGACCAGUUCUUCGCUAAGAAAGACAAAAACAAGAAAAAGACUAAAGGGAAAGUGACUUCCGAACAAAUCGCCAAGAAGAUGGCAGAUAGCGGCGAGAGCGCCGAGAAGAGUCUCAAGAAGGACAAGGACAAGCAGGAGAACUCGUCGGGAAAGCUGUCCGUCACAAUUCCUUCGCUUGCACAGGGUGAAGAGGAGUGGAAUGACUUCGAGGAGGAGAAAGAAGUAGAUUACAGCGGUCUGCGAAUUCAGGCGCUCACAAUUGCGGAAAAAGAGAAGGAGGAAGAGGCAGCAAGGGAGCAGCUGGACGAAGAUGGCGAGGACUCGCAGCAAGCCGGCGACCAGCAGUCUGGACCCUGGAAGGUGCAGCAGCAACAACUGCAGCAGCAGCAACAGCAGCAGCAGGCUGCCGCUGCAGAGGAGCCAUCUUCGCCACCCCCUGAACCCGAGCCACAAGCACCACCACCGAAGACAGCAGAGACUGAGCCCAAGGAGGUCCGUGGUGCAUACCGGCCACCACACCUGCGCUCAGGUGCUGCCGCCUCCGCCGCACGUACCUCUGGCACGCAGGGGUCCCGUCGACCUGUGCGCCAAAACUACGACUUCACUAGCGAGGAGCAGUUCCCCACCCUGGGGGCUGCCAUCGAUGCCAAGGCACCUAGGCGGGAGUAUGCUGAUCACAGCUUCACGUCGGUCAAGCACGGCCUUCGAAACAGGGAGGACCCUACGCAGCAUCACCUACAGCUUGACCUGGAGAACAAGUAUUCCGCCCUACAUCAAACUGAUGGCAACUAGGCUACUGUGCUGCAGACAUUUUGUUGCAAAGGAGGAGAUGAUCAAUGCGAUCUUGUCUCCUGCCUGCCAUCAUCGGAAACAAGGACUACUACACCACAAAAACAGAGCCCCCGACAUUACCAGUUUAUUACUUGAGUGAAAAAGGUGACAGGGAAAAGUGAAGACUUUCUGCUGCUGCCCCUUGCUGCCUGAUUUCACACACCUCGUUUUAUUUUUUUCUUGUUUGUGCCUUUUACCAUUCUUAGUAACCUACAGCUGCCCCCUAACCAAUGUCCAGAACUGGCGCUCUUGGUUUUUUAACUCCCACUCUUUGUCUGCUAGGCACCCUCUCCUCCACCCACACCUUCACCUUUAAAAAAGUUUUUCCUAGAUUGUGUAGCCCUGGACCAUGCAGAUGAAUAACCUCUGCAGUUGUGCAACAGUGGUAACCAGAGUCAUGCCUUUUGCUGGAAGCAGAGGUGCAGUCUUGUGCACAACUUUAUAGUUGUGCUCUAUUUUUGAAGUGUCAAAGUUUAUGUGAAACCUGGUGGUGUGCUUAAAAGCUUAAGCAAGAGUGGAUGCCAUGAUGGCAGGAAGGAGUGGUAUGCUUGCAACGGGGGGAGUGAUAUCCAUCGCCCUUGGCUGGCCAGUGUUCAGUUCCCUCCGUGCGUUGUUGCGCUGUGUGAUUAAUUGCAGUCCUUCGUAUGUGCAUGUUUUCAUGUGCCACCAUGAAAUGAAAUGUUCAGUCUUUUGGGGACUGGAAGAUCUUAGCGACGCAAUGUUUGCGAACUGAUGCCUCAUGGACUAAGGAAUUUUGAUUGAAAUGCACGCAGGUUUAUGGCAAGGUUGUGCGUAUAUGACAAUGCACAAAUGCCCCCUUUCUCCCUCUUUUGUUUGAAGUGGUCUGGUUUUAGCCACGUUCAGUCGUUUCAAAUGCUGCCACAACACUAGGUGAUGGGAAGUAUGGACUGAACACGAGUGGACCAAGACUUCUGGCUCCAAGGCCACGCUGCCCAGAAGAGAAAAAGAAAUGUAAUGUCUGUGGAAACUACAGAGCAUGACAGCAUUGUGAUAUGUAGCCUAAACUAGUUGAAAUUUGAAGGACAUGAGGAUAAGUAACAUUGGUGUUGCUUAGAGGGCAAGAAGACCUACCUGUGCGGCCUCGAAGUAUGAAGUGCCCUUGGUUUCAUGCUGCGGACCUAUUGAAGCUAAUGUGACUGGGAACUUGGACAGGCAUCUUGUAGCCACCUCCUGGAAAAGUCUAUCACGAACAUAAAGCUUAUCAAAGAUGCAUCGUGCAGUGAAAGUUGUCAAUUGUACUCCUCUAAGGGUGGUCCUCUCAAUGGGGAUGCCUUUCUACAAUGUUUUGGAUUAAGUGUUGUAGACGUUUGUUCACUACGGUGAGGCAGUUUUAUUGAGCUGAUGUUUUUAUUUGCAAGGCACUGCAAGGCGAGGAAGCUAGAAGGGUCUGUCUUUAGGAAAAGUCUUGUUGAACAGGUGAUUUAAGUUGUUGCGAGUGGAACUUGUAGACGUUUGCCGAUGUUGAUAGCUUGUAGAAGGCGUUGAUUUCGGAGCACGGGUCUUGACAGUGCAAAACAUGGAGCAGCCGAAUGUAAAUUGCCACAUUUUGGAACGAAUGGGAAGGUUUGGUUUAACGUAUACUGUCUGACAAUAUUUUGCAGCAGAUAUGUUGCACAUUAAAGUUGUCAUUAUGGGGAAAAGAUGACCAGGUACAGCUGGCUGGUUUUGUAUUGGAAGCUCUGUACACUCUAAAACACUAUUUUAUGCAAUGUUUCCUUCAUAAUGUAGGUGUUAUGAAAGUAAAAAAUUACAAUCCACCCUA